AUGAUCGGACCCGGCUCGCCCGUGAAGACCCGGCUCCAGGCACGACUGUCCAAGCUCGGCUCCCGCCUCGGCUUCCGACGCGACUGGUAUCUCAUUGUCCUGGCGUCGUUCAUCGGGUGCGUGACGGGGCUGGGGGCGAUCGGCUUCAAGUGGAUGCUCGAUUUCGCGGCGCACCACGGCGCGGAGAUCCAGCGGAACUACCCGAUCUGGACGCUCGCGUUGCUCCCGAUGAUCGGCGCGGUCUUCGUCGGCACGAUCAUCCACUUCUUCGCCCCCGAGGCCCGCGGUCACGGCGUCCCGGAGGUGAUGGACUCGGUCUACCGCAAGGGCUCGAAGAUCCGCCCGCGCGUGGCGUUCACCAAAUCGCUCGCGAGCGUCCUCACGAUCGGCUCGGGGGGCUCGGCCGGCGCGGAAGGUCCGAUCGUGCAGAUCGGCAGCGCGAUCGGCUCGUUCGUCGCGCAGUCGCUCAAGGUCUCCCGCGACCAGGCGGGCACGCUGCUCGGGUGCGGUGCCGCGGCGGGCAUCGCGUCGGUCUUCAACGCGCCGAUCGCGGGCGUGUUCUUCGUGCUCGAGAUCCUGCUCCGCGAUUUCUCGCUGCGCACGUUCACGCCGAUCGUCGUCUCGAGCGUGUUCUCGACGGCGGUCACCCAGGCGGUGCUGGGCAAGAACGAGGCGAUCUUCGCGGUCUCGGAUUCACUCGCGGGGUACCAGUUCACGAUCGGCGAGCUGCCCGGCUACCUCGUGCUCGGGCUGUUCUGCGGCGUCGUCGCGGUCGGCUUCAUCCGGAUGCUGUACACGACGGAGGACGUGUACGACCGCCUCCCGCUGCACCCGAUCGUCAAGCCGGUGACCGGCGCGGCGCUGCUGGGCGUGCUCGGCAUGGUCUACCUCGAGCUUCAGCCCGUGCACAUCACGACGGAGAUCCCCAACUUCUUCGGCAACGGCUACGAGACGAUCACGUCGCUGCUCAGCCCCGAGCUGUUCGCCGAGGGCGGGACGCACGGCGCGAUCGUGCAGACGGGCACGCUGAUGCUGCUCAUCCUCGUGGUGUUCAAGGCGCUGGCGACAUGCUUCACGCUCGGCUCGGGCGGGAGCGGCGGCGUCUUCGCGCCGAGCCUGUUCCUGGGCGCGGCGGCCGGGGCGGCGUUCGGCGAGAUCCUCGACGCCAUCGGCAUUUUGCCGGAGGGCGCCUCGCCCGCGAGCUACGCGCUCGUCGGCAUGGCGGCGGUCGUCGCGGGCACCACGCACGCCCCGCUCACCGCCAUCCUCAUCCUCUUCGAACUCACCCGCGACGUGUACGUCCUGCUGCCGAUCAUGCUCGCGGCCGUCGUCAGCGUCGUCGUCGCGCAGGUGCUGCUGAAGGACUCGAUCUACUCGCUCAAGCUGCGCCGACGCGGCGUGCUCAUCGGGACGAGCGCGGACCUCACGAUCCUGCGCCGGCUCACCGCGCGGGACAUCCAGCCGAUCCCGCACGUCUCGGUGCACCCGGACGACCCGCUCGACAAGCUGCUCGAACUGCGCGACGUGUACAAGGUCGUGGACUUCGUCGUCGUCGAUCACGACGGGAACUACCUCGGGCUCGUCACGGGCGAGGACAUGCGCACGGCGCUGAUCGAGCGCGAGGCGAUCCCGUACCUGCUCGUCGAGGAGCUGCUCCGGCGCGACCUGCCUGUGAUCUUCGAGGACGAGACGCUCGACCGCGUGCUCGAGAAGUUCUCCAAACACGACGUCUCGAGCCUCGCUCUGCUCGACGCGGAAUCCUCAGAAAAGAACAAACGCGUGCUCGGGCGCAUCACACGUGCCCGGCUCAUGCAGCGCUACCAGCAGGACCGGGAAUACCAGGCGGUCUUCGCGGCACGCGUACGCAAGAGCAGCGGGCCCGUGACCGUCUACGGGAAGCCGAACGGGCUCGAAUAUUCACGGCUCGGGCUCUCCGUCUCACGUCGUGUCGGCAAGGCGGUGGCGCGCAACCGGCUCAAGCGGCUCGUGCGCGAGGUGUUCCGGCUGACGCAGCACGAUCUGCCGAGCGGGCUGGACCUCGUCGUCGUCCUCCGCCCGCACGAGCCGCGCGAGGAGUCGCGGACGAUGGGUGAGGCUCGUGACCGGUCUCGGUGGGCCGUGCUCGGCUGGCCCGCGGUCCUCCUGAUCCGCCUCUACCGGGCACUCCCCGCCGCCCAACGACGCGAACAGCUCCUCGACACCGCCGUCACGCUCUUCGCGGAGCGCGGCUACGGCGGGGCGACGACGGCGGAGCUCGCGCGGGCCGCGGGCGUGACCGAGCCGAUCAUCUACCGCCACUUCAAAUCGAAAAAGGACCUGUUCGUCGCGGUCAUCGACCGGACGAGCGAGCUCACGAUCGAGCGGUGGGACCGCCAGCUCUCCAGCGCGCAGGACGCGGCGCAGCGCCUGCGCCGGCUCAUCGGCACCAACCCGAUGAUCUCGGACAAGGGUCGCGGCAUCUACCGCGUGAUCCUGCAGGCGAUGAUGGAGAUCGAGGACCCGGACAUCCUCGAGGCGAUCCAGCGCCACAUCACGGCGCUGCACCGGUUCGUGGUCGACGGCGUGCGCCGGGCGCAGGAAGAGGGCUGGGUGUCGCGGGCGUUCAGCCCGGAGAUCACCGCGUGGACGCUCCUGCACCUCGGGCUGGGGUACGGCGUGAUCUCGCCGCUCGCGAUCGAGGGCCACGCGAUCGACGCCGACGGCGUGCGCGUCCGCGACGUCAUCGAGCAGAUGAUGCUCGGCGAGAAAGCGCGGAAGCGCCAGGACGAGAUGCUCAAGCAGCGCGACGGCGGCGCCUGA